UAGUUGGGCGGGUUCAAAGCGGAGCGACGGGCACGGUCUGCAGCCAUUGAUGCGCCGAGUUUCCAGAAGGACAAACCGACUGAAAAUCCUCGUAUCUGCGGGCCGGUGCGGACUGAAGCCAUGGUGUCUCACUCUCUGGCGCUGCCGAUGAUCUGCUUUACCACGCUGUGGGGCCUGGUGGGGGUCGUGGCUCCGUUUUUAGUUCCUAAAGGACCUAACCGCGGUGUGAUUGUCACCAGUCUCAUCCUCACAGCAGUCUGCUGCUACUUGUUCUGGUUGGUCGCCAUUCUGGCUCAGGCCAACCCUCUGUUCGGCCCUCAGCUGAAGAACGAAACUAUCUGGUAUCUGCGCUAUUUCUGGGAGUAACAGGGACUCUUGGACGUAGCGUCGCUCAUCAUUCCUUUUCUCUGGUUGCUGGACUUAAUUUCACUUCACCCUGACCCAUCACACACCUCCAGUCUGCAGAUGUCAUGGAUUAUGCCCUAAGUUGCAGUGUUUUGCAUUCGCUUUCUUUGAAACAAGGGAAAUCUUCUGAAUAUUGUACAGCUUCAGAGACGCAUGCGGCUGUGGCUCUUCAAGUCGUUCGGAUGAAGACGAGGAGAGGGAAACCCCGGCGUUGUGUGUCAGACGUAGAUAUUAAUGUUCCAUUUUGAAAAAGUGUGAUUGUGUAUUUGACUUGGUGUUGUUUCUGUGUGAUCGUGACUUUGAGUGUAUUUAUUUUGGCUUGUGGACACUGAUGUGAGCUGCUUGUAGUCACCCGGUUUGUCCACGCCGUCCGGACAUGUAACUGUUAUCUGUGAUGUAACGCUGUGUGUGAAAGCUCCGUCAGUGUGGGUGUAUGUGAAGAGUCAUCCCCUCCACUACAAACCACUUCAACAUGAAACUCUCUCCCACACUCCAUGGAGGUCCUCGUUGCCAUGGUGAUCUCAUUACCCAAUUCAGUCCUCCUGCACUCGACCCCUCCUGGUAAAAUCCUGCCCAUCCUGGUUCUGUGUUGACAGUCUACAGCUCAUACAGUCGUUUCUUCAUGACUUCUUCCUGGGUUCACUGACAGUGAGAUCUCCACCAUCCGUGUACUACAGAGGAAGUGUGGGGUCUUCCUCCUCCUGGUGGGCAUGACACUCGCCCUCUCUAGGAGUCGUCCAGACCACAUCAGCUGGUUGCUUCCAGCCCUGAGCUCAGACUCUGGUGAUUCUCGUUCCAAAGAUACAGUUCUUUCUGCCAGACCCGGCAGGAAAGGUUUGUUUAUCCCAGCGUUUCUACAUCUGCCUUGUAAAAGUUACAGAUGUGUUGUUGUUCUGACACACCUGAGUCAUCCACAACCACAGUUACACCCCCCUCUUUUCUCCUCAUCUCCAGCCCUGAGCACCAACACUUCCCUCCACACCACUCACCCUCCCUGAUCUCCAAAACCACUUUGCGUCAGCCAAAAAGAGACUAAAUCAAAAUACAGCUACUUUUUAGAAAGGCCAAAUUGUGUUGUAUCUUUUGUGUAGCUGUGGUUGUGGCUCAUUUCUCACUCCGGAUCAGGAACUCGCACAGAACCAGAUGAACCAGAAGUUGUUGCUAGAAGCUCAGAUGGUGUUGUGAGCAUCACAGAGGUACGUUUGCGUUUGUUCUCUGAGGAUUAUGUUUCCAGAGCUGACACUUCAGCUGACCCCUGCCUGUGUUCUGACAGUGAACGCACCACAACAGAUCUGCUGCUUCAUUCUUCCCUCCUAAAUCUCCUUAGUCCUCAUAAAAGGCUGUAAAGAUGAAGAUGGAUAAAUUGUGGUGAGUCACCAUGGCAACUGAAAUCAAAUCAAUUCCUUUUGAAAAUGUUGACUGAGAUGAGAUCCUGCUUGUGACCUGGUAUUAUUUGUAAAGGAUCCUGUAUGAGUGGUGUCGUAUGUGGGAUAAAAAACAAUAAAGAUUUGUCUCAUA